UUCUACAAUUGUAAUUUGCUUUACAUGAAUAGUUUGUUAAGUAUUAUGUGAAAAACCUGAUGAGUCUUAAAAAUGCGUACUGCUGUUAUAAUUCGGGAGGAUCUUGCGGUUUGCCUGGAAAUCGAUCAACCAGCUGGUAUUGCAAGCUCAUAAAACCAAGUGUAUUCUGCGUUAUCACCGCAAUGCUGGCAAUGUCGGUUACACAUCUGUGCGAUAAAUAUUCAACUAGUAAUUCGUUUAAAGCUAUAAAAGCAGAUUUGGGAAACUUGAGGUCGCACAUGACCACACUUUCGCUCGAGGUCAAAGGAGUAAUAGAAACACGUGAUGAUCUCAAGUGCAAGUUGAAAGAGCUCGGAAUUGUCAUACCUAAAAUGUCUGAGGCGAUUUUAAAAUUAAGAAACGAAGUGUCUGAAGAGAUGGGUUUACAUACGAAAACAUUGCUCAAAGCAUUGUCGCUGGAAAGUGUCAGAGACUUAGUACGUUGUGAAAUAGAAACUUAUGAUGCCGAUAAAACCGGGAUGACAGAUUAUGCCCUGGAAACUUCAGGCGGUUCUAUUCUCUGCACGAGAGACACAGAAACUUAUUCUGAUGGGGCACCAGUCCUGACGUUAUUUGGAGUUCCUCUAUGUCAGCAGCAAAAUACACCACGAGCUGUCAUACAAUCGGGUGUUCUUCCCGGAGAAUGUUGGUGUUUCAAGGGAACGAGCGGCUCCGUUGUGAUUCAAUUAUUGGGUCCCGUACUUGUGUCCAGUGUCAGUUUAGAACAUAUUUCUCCAUCGAUAUCGCCUACUGGUGAAACCGCGACGGCUCCAAAGGAUUUUUCAGUUUGGGGUUUGCACGACGUUAACGAUAGAGACGGAUUUUUAUUUGGAGAAUUUACAUAUGAUAAUUGCGGAUCUACUGUUCAACAUUUUGAAGUACAGCACAAGCCUAGAAGAUCUUACGAAAUCGUGGAAUUGAAAGUUCAUUCGAACAAUGGUAACUACGAAUUUACUUGCAUCUAUAGAAUUCGAGUACAUGGAUCUCUGAAUCGAUGAGGAAUAUUUUUCUGAAAAAAUUAUUAACCAGCCUCGUUUUCGAAGUAAGAAAACAUCACAUUGAAGUGCGGUCGUUGGAGGGAACAAAAUACGACAUAUACAUUUUCUAAUUUAUUCAUAUCUGUGGAUUUUAUUGUUCCAAAAUCCAUAAAUUUGAUAGCAGUAUUGUUUAUUUCAUCAUUUUUCUUUCUUCAAAUGCAGAUGAUCAGGUAUGAUAAAAACAGUAGCGCUACACGUUUUAGUUUUUCAAUCUCUUACAAGCCGAAUAGAAAACCAUUUUAAUACAUCGACGAAUUUAUUGCA